UUGGAGCGGUCGACUCACUACUUUGGUUUAUGAACAACUAUCUGGUAAUUAAUUUACUAAUUCAUAGGUGGACACUUGUUGGGAAAAGAAAAUGUCACAAAACGGAGCGACGACAACCCGGAUGGGCUUCUCGUCCAAGGUAUACAAUGGCAUAAUUGGGGCCGCCGAUAAGCAUGUUCCAGCCAAAAUGCGUCCUUUAUGGAUGCAUCCAGCAGGUCCCAAGACUAUAUUCUUCUGGGCACCUUUGUUUAAAUGGGGACUUGUAAUAGCUGGUCUAAGUGAUUUAACCCGUCCUGCGGAUACAAUAUCUGCCAAUGCUUGUGCUGCAUUGGGCCUAACCAAUCUUAUUUGGACCCGGUAUUCGCUUGUGAUUAUACCUAAGAACUAUAGUUUAUUUGCAGUGAACCUUUUUGUAAGCAUAACGCAAUUAGUUCAGCUGGGACGAGCCUACAACUAUCAGUGGGAACAAAGUAAACUGCAAGCCUCCAAGCAGGAGCAGUUAAAGGCGGAGCUGUAGAAAACAAUGUAGCAAGGAAUUUAAAAUUAUGCAUUUAAUGUCUGUUGUCGUAACGUUACAUUUAAAAAAUAAACGUUUUUAGUUAAGAAAAUAA